AUGACCCAUAUUUUCCCACCCAGCCAGGGUUUUGGAAGGAGCAUGGAUGGCCAGAACAGCACAGAGGAGGUCUAUUUCAUUCUGCUUGGGCUCUCCCAGCACUCACGGGCUCAGAUAGCCUUCUUCUGCCUGCUCCUCAUGUCCUAUGUAGUCACCCUCUUGGGGAACAGCCUUAUCUUGCUCCUUAUCUAUCAUGACCCCCAGCUCCACAUACCCAUGUACUUCUUCCUCAGCAACCUAUCCUUGGACAUGUGCUACACCACAUCCGGUGUGCCCCAGAUACUCAUCAACUGCUUGGUGACCACUCCUGUCAUCUCACUAGGACAGUGCAUGGCCCAGAUGGCCACAGGGCUCUAUCUAGAUGUUGUGGAGCGUCUUCUGCUGGCUGCCAUGGCUUAUGAUCGCUGUGUGGCCAUUGGUGACCCACUGUGCUACUCUAUGCACAUGGGGCCCCUGCUUUGUGGCCUGCUGACUGGGACCUCGUGGACUGCAGCCUUCUUGCUGACUGUGGUCCCCGUGCUGACCAUGCCCUUGGAGUUCUGUGGUCACCAUGUUAUCAAACAUUUCUCGUGUGAGUUCUUGGCCUUGUUCAGGCUUGCCUGUUCUGACCUGCAAUUCUACGAGUCCCUCAUGCUGGGCACCAGUGCCCUGACCUUGCUGGCUCCAUUUGCCUUCAUCGUGGCUUCCUAUGGCAAGAUCCUGGUGGCUGUGCUGCGGAUGAGGUCCACAGAGGGCCGCGGAUGAGGUCCACAGAGGGCCGGCAAGGUGUUCUCCACGUGCAGCUCUCACCUUGCGGUGGUGGCCCUGUUCUAUGGCACAGCCAUCUCCAUGUACAUGAUGCCUCAGGAUAAGACCACACACGACAGCGACAAGAUCAUUUCCAUGUUGUACAGGAUCCUCACCCCCAUGACGAACCCCCUCAUCUACAGUUGUGGAACAAGGACAUGA